AUGGAUCAUAUAUCAAAUUUUAUUAUAAUCGUUAUUGGAAUCGUCUGUAUGUUAUUAAUCACUGCUAAUGCACAGUCGUCCAACGAUACGGAUACAACUGCUUCAUCUUUCGACACAACAUCAAUGAGUAGUAAUAGUUCUCAUACUUCAGCUGCUAAUCAUAUUCAACAGCAAUGGAUUAUUAUACCUUUUACAUUUUUUGGAAUUGUUUUUCUAUCAUUAAAACAUAUAUUAAUUAACUGA